AUGUCCCUCUUGCCCAUUGUGUUUCAUAACUUGAUGUUGCAUCUGUGGUGGGAGAUUGUAGACUAGUGUUUAAGUUUUUUUUGGGACAUGAUCAUUGCUUGUACUCAGGGAUGUUAAAAUGGGCUUGUCCUACCCAUUUACGUCCAAGCCCGUUUAAUUUUCGUGUCCAUAUAAAGUCCAUUUACUUAACAAUAUUAAACGGGCUUCGUCGGGUUUGUCCACUUGUGUCCAUUUAAUAAACGGGUUUUGAUAAAAAUAACUGGACAGCCCAUUAAGUUCAUUUAAUUUUUUUUUCUCUUCAACCUAAUCUAUCGUCGUCGUUCUUCCUCCUUCUUCACCUCCUUGGCUCUUUGCCUCCUUACGAAAGAUCAAACUGCUCCAAAUGAGUUUCUGAUUCGAAUCAUGAAGCUUCUAGGGUUUCGAUUUGUCUUCUAGAGUCGUUGUUCUUCACCUCCUUGCCUCCUUUCAUCUCGUCACGAGAUUCCCGAGAUUCCCGUGUCUUCUACUUCUUCUUCUUCACUCUCUCCAGCUCGUGUUUCCUCGUAUCAUACAAUCAAGGUUUCACGAACAUAUGCAAAGGAGUCUCAAAAAUUGCAACCAAAGCUGAGAUUAUAAGUGAGAUGGACUAUGAUACUGUGCACACAAUGGCGCUUCUUGAAGCUCAACGUGAAUACAUGGACAUGAAUGAUGAAGAUGCUGAAUUUGAUAUAGAUGAAGAAAUGGCAGAAACAGAAACAGAAGCAGAAGCAGAAGUUCAGUGUGAACCACAAGCCACUGCAUCAACACAAGCAGCGAAACCUCAACGUAAGCGUCGAAAAACCUCACUUGUUUGGAAAGAUUUUGUACUAGUGGGGGUAGAAGAGGAUAGAAAAGAAAGGGCUAAGUGCAUUCAUUGUGAUUCAAAAUUAGUGGUUGGUAAGAAUCAUGGUACAAAAAGUUACAGUGUAAUCUUGGCUAUGGGAGCAGCUUUAGAUCCAAGAAUAAAGAUUGAGAUGCUUCAAGCUGCUUAUAAGAAAUUGGAUCCCUCUACUUCAAGUUUAAAGAUUAAAGAACUUAAGGAUAGUUUGUCUGCACUCUACAAAGACUAUCAGAAACGGUCUCAAACAAGUUCUUCAGGUGUUUCACUCACACCAACUCCACAAGAGAUUGUCACAGAAUCUCCACUUGAAGAUGAUUAUGAUAAUGAUUUUUUUGAGUUGGAAAAGAGCAUUGGAGGUGGAGUUGGCAACCCAAAGACACAUUUGGACAUAUAUUUGGAAGAGCCAAGGCUGAACAGAAGGGCUAACUUGGAUUUGGAUGUCUUGAGUUAUUGGAAAGAGAACCAACAUCGAUUUGGAGAUUUAGCAUCGAUGGCACGUGACAUCCUCAGCAUUCCGAUCACCACAGUAGCUUCAGAGUCUGCCUUUAGCAUUGGAUCCCGGGUUUUAACUCCAUACCAAAAUCAUCUCUUGCCUAAAAAUGUCCAAGCUCUUCUUUGCACUAGGAAUUGGUUGCGCGGUUUUGCUGAAUACAAAGGUGCCAUUGAAGAUCUCUUUGAUGAAAAUGAAGAUGUUGGAAAGAAAGCAAGUAAUUAUGGAGUGGAGUCUUCAGCAUCAAAAGAUUGAUAUGUUUGCUGGAACAAAGAUCCUGGUAGACGUUCAAGAAGGAAAAGAGUAACUUAUGGACACUUAUGAACACUUAGUGUGAAGUGUGAACUUUAUUUUUCAAUUAUGUUGUGACUGUGAUUUGUAAACUUUGAAUUUUUAGUUGAAGCAAAACAAUGUAAGGUUCUGGAUUCA